AUGCAGGCCCUCAAGGAGGCUUCAAAAGCCAGUGGGACUGGCACCCCGCCUUCGAUAUUUGACGCGAACCUCGAUGUCGAAUACGUAAUUACUUUCAGAUACGCGAAUGCUGGGUCUUCUGCUCAGACCGGAGAUUCGAGAACCCCCGAAGAACAACUGGAGAGGCUCCUGCAUACCUUAGAUCUUGCAGGACUACGAACGGUUGUCCGUGAUGGUGGUAAUGGCUCUCUUUUGAUAUUCACGAGAAUCCGAAGUGAGAAGAAACUUCUCGGGGAGAUAUAUAGGUCAAGAGUCAGAGACUGGCUGCACGGGAUCCGUCCGGCUGCACCUGAAAAAGAGACACAACGAUCCCUUGAAAAUGAACCCUUUACAGAUGGAGAACGAUUGCGCCUCGUCUACUCCCUCAUUACCCUACCGAAUAGUGAAGGUGGGGCUGGGAUUACCCCGAAACAGGGAGAGUGGAACUUGGUUGAGUCCAUCUUCGCACUUCAUGACCAUGACUUCAAUAAAAAGUGGUUGAAGGAUUGGUCUACUAAGUGGAUUAUUGGACCCGAUGACCUAAAGGUUAUUCGAGAUCGCUUUGGUGAAAAGAUUGCGUUCUACUUCGCCUUCAUUCAAUGGUAUUUUAUUGCAUUGACGGUCCCAGCUGCCAUUGGUAUCUUCGCAUACUUGUUCCUCCCCGCGUACUCCUCGUUCUUUGCAAUCUGUAAUUGUCUCUGGUCGGUCGUAUUCGUCGAGUACUGGAAACGUCAGGAAGUCGAUCUUGCGGUCCAAUGGGGUUCGAGGCAUUGCUCUACUGUGCAAAGGAAGCGGGCUGAAUUCCAAUUUGACAGCGAAGUUUCAGAUCCGGUUACGGGAGAGCAAAUCAGGUACUUCCCGGCUUACCGACGACUUCUAAGGCAAUCAGUCCAAGUCCCAUUCGCCCUGUUUGCGGCGUCUUGUCUAGCCGCAAUCAUCGCAGGUGUCUUUAGUAUUGAGAUCUUCUUGGUUGAGGUGUACAAUGGCCCCCUUAAGAUGAUACUGAAAUUUCUCCCCACCGUUCUCCUUAGUAUCUCUAUUCCUAUUGUGUCUACAAUCUUGACUGGCUUCGCCACGAGACUCACAGCGUUCGAAAAUUACGAAAAUCAAGAUUCUUAUGAAGCUGCAUUGACACAAAAGAUCUUCAUUUUGAACUUCAUCACUGGAUACUUCCCAUUGUUUUUAACCGCAUUUGUUUAUGUACCCUUUGGUGAAGUCCUAGUUCCUUACCUUGAUAUUCUUAACGUCACUGUUCAGCACUUCGGGCACGAUGAAAAAUACACCACUUCCGACACCGGAUUCCAAAUCAAUCCUUCUAGGCUUAAGGCUCAAAUGAUCUAUUUUGUGGUUACGGCCCAGGUUGUCGGUUUUGUUGUCGAGACUAUCGUCCCACAGCUUAAACGGACUGUUUUCAAGAAGGCAAAGGAGUUUGAUAGCCGAAGAAAGGGACUUAGCAUCGAAACUGUCAUGGACCCUCCAGAAGAAAAGAAAUUCUUGGACCGCGUCCGCCAUGAGGCCGAACUUGACGUUUACGACGUAACAGUCGACUUGAGAGAGAUGUGCAUGCAGUUUGGUUAUUUAACAUUGUUCUCACCUAUCUGGCCUGUUACUGCUGUUUCAUUCCUCAUCAACAAUCUCGUUGAGAUUCGAGGAGAUGCGGCGAAAAUUUGUAUGGAAAUGCAGCGCCCGAUCCCUAACCGUGCUGACUCAAUUGGGCCAUGGCUUCACAAUCUCUCGUUCCUCACAUGGCUUGGGUCUAUCUCUUCUGCAGCACUUGUCUAUAUGUUCUCAUCAGCGGAUAGCGAAGGUGGACCACCAAAGGACUUGACUCUUUAUGGCUUUCUUUUCUCUAUCAUGAUCUCUGAGCAUGUCUACUUUGGCGCUCGGUUCAUCGUCUCCUACGCCCUGUCUAAGGUCCAAUCCGUUGGUCUUGAAACCGAACGAAAAGAGAAAUUCAUGGUUCGAAAGCGAUACCUUGAAGAAAGCUUUGGAGCUGAAAAUGAAUUGAUUCGACAAGAAGCCGAGAAGACGGGUGGCGAAUACACCGGUGUUGGUGGUGUUUCUUCCACACAGGACGGGCGGCCUCUUGAUGAUGGAGCUCUGAGCGAGAAAUUCUGGCGUAGCCAAAGUGCCUGGCAAGACAGCGUGAAUGCUGGUGUCCAGAUCAUGGAUAUCGUGAGGGGUAAGGAUAAGAAGAAUCAGUGA